CUCAGUGUCUGGGCUGAACAAUGGGGGUGGAGACGCUCCUUCAGGAUGUGAUGUCCACGUUUUUCCAGUUUGGGGCUUCCAUCCAACAGGAAGCCAUCAUCAUGCUAAAAUUCAUGCAAUACUACGACUGGCACGUCUUCUCCUUGGUAACCAGCACUUUCCCUGGCUACCGAGACUUCAUCAGCUUUAUCAAGUACACUGUGGAGAACAGUUUUGUGGGCUGGGACAUGCAAAACAUCAUUACCCUCGACACGCCCAUCGGUGAUGCCAAGACAACAAUUCAGCUAAAGAAGAUCCACUCCUCUGUCAUCUUGCUUUACUGCUCGAAGGACGAAGCUGUUUACAUCCUGGAGGAGGCCCGUUCCUUAGGCUUGACCGGUUAUGACUUCUUCUGGAUUGUCCCCAGCUUGGUUAGUGGGAACAUGGAAAUUACUCCUAAAGAGUUCCCUGCGGGGCUGAUUUCGGUGUCCUAUGAUGAGUGGGACUACCCGUUGGAUGCCCGGGUACGCGAUGGCCUUGGGGUUAUUGCUACGGCUGCAGCAGCCAUGUUGGAAAAGUAUUCAUUCAUCCCCGAGACAAAGACGAGUUGCUACGGACAGCAGGAGAACAGCGACCGGCCAUCUCACAGGCUGCACAAGUUUAUGAUGAAUGUGACCUGGGAAGGCAAGGAUUUAUCCUUCACCGAAGAUGGCUACCAGGCGCACCCCAGACUGGUGGUCAUUGUGCUAAAUCAAACCCGGGCGUGGGAGAAGGUGGGGAAAUGGGAGAACAAAACGCUUCUGCAUAAGCAUUCAGUGUGGCCCAGGUUCAAUUCCUUCAACGACAGCGAGCCGGACAACAACCACCUGAGCAUUGUCACCCUGGAGGAAGCCCCCUUUGUCAUCGUGGAGGACAUGGACCCUUUGACGGAGACGUGCGUGAAGAACACGGUGCCCUGCCGGAAGUUUGUCAUCAUUAACAACAUCACCAAGGAAGGAAAGAACGUGAAGAAAUGUUGCAAGGGCUUCUGCAUCGACAUCUUGAAGAAGCUCUCCAAAGCCAUCAAGUUCACCUAUGACCUCUACCUGGUGACCAAUGGCAAGCACGGGAAGAAGAUCAACAACGAGUGGAACGGAAUGAUUGGGGAAGUGGUCAAAAAGCAAGCCGUGAUGGCCGUGGGAUCCCUCACCAUCAACGGCGAGCGUUCGGAGGUGGUCGAUUUUUCUGUGCCCUUUGUGGAAACGGGAAUCAGCGUCAUGGUGUCUCGGAGUAACGGCACGGUGUCUCCAUCUGCUUUUUUAGAGCCCUUCAGCGCUUCGGUCUGGGUGAUGAUGUUUGUGAUGUUGCUUAUUGUGUCGGCCAUCGCCGUCUUUGUGUUUGAGUACUUCAGCCCCGUGGGCUACAACCGGAACUUGGCACAAGGGAAAGAUCCGCACGGACCAUCCUUCACAAUCGGGAAAGCCGUGUGGCUGCUGUGGGGCCUGGUGUUUAACAACUCCGUGCCGGUUCAGAAUCCAAAAGGGACCACCAGCAAGAUCAUGGUGUCCGUCUGGGCUUUCUUUGCUGUCAUAUUCCUGGCAAGCUACACAGCCAACUUGGCUGCAUUCAUGAUCCAGGAGGAAUUUGUGGACCAGGUGACCGGCCUCAGUGAUAAGAAGUUUCAACAACCAUACGCCUAUUCACCUCCUUUUCGGUUCGGGACUGUCCCAAAUGGGAGCACGGAGAGAAAUAUCAGGAACAACUAUAAGGAGAUGCACGCUUACAUGGUGAAAUACAACCAGAAAGGAGUGGAGGAUGCCUUGGUCAGUUUGAAAACUGGGAAGUUGGAUGCUUUCAUCUAUGAUGCAGCGGUGCUGAACUACAAGGCCGGGCGGGAUGAGGGGUGCAAGCUGGUGACGAUCGGCAGUGGGUACAUCUUUGCCACGACGGGCUAUGGGAUCGCUCUCCAGAAGGGGUCGCCGUGGAAGAGGGCCAUCGAUCUUGCAUUGCUGCAAUUUGUUGGCGAUGGUGAAAUGGAGGAACUGGAAACUCUGUGGCUGACGGGCAUUUGCCACAACGAGAAGAACGAGGUCAUGAGCAGCCAGCUGGACAUUGACAACAUGGCAGGCGUCUUCUACAUGCUCGCUGCUGCCAUGGCCCUCAGCCUCAUCACAUUCAUCUGGGAGCACCUGUUUUAUUGGAAGCUGAGGUUCUGCUUCACUGGAGUUUGCUCUGACAGGCCAGGACUGCUUUUCUCCAUCAGCAGGGGUAUUUACAGCUGCAUUCAUGGGGUCCACAUAGAAGAGAAGAAGAAGUCUCCCGACUUCACACUGACGAGUUCUCAAACGAAUAUGUUGAAACUCCUGCGGUCGGCAAAGAACAUGACCAACAUCAACCCCUCCCGGAUAAACUCCCCCAAAAGAACAGCCGAUUUUAUCCACAGGGGGUCCUUGAUAAUGGACAUGAUGAUGGACAAGGGGAACCUGAUCUUCUCCGACAACAACAGGCCCUUUCCGCCGAAGGAGAACAUUUUCAGCGACAACAUAGGCGACCUACAGACUUUCAUGGCCAACCGCCACAAGGACAGCCUCAACAACUACGUUUUCCAAGGGCAGCACCCACUCACGCUGAACGAAUCCAACCCGAACACGGUGGAAGUCGCCGUUGCGGCAGAAGCCAAAGGGAAUUCCCGCCCGAGACAGCUGUGGAGGAAAUCGGUGGAGUCUUUGCGGCAAGAAUCUCUGCGGCAGGGCUCUCUCCAGCGAGAAAAUGAUUCCGACGAGAACAGGCAGCAUUCGUUGAAGGGCCCAAGGUACCUCCCCGAAGAGAUCAUCCGCUCGGACGUUUCAGAUACCUCGAGCCGGGCCACCUGCCACAUGGAGUCCGAAAACAACAACAAACACCACAAGUCAAAAGACAACGUUAAAAAGCGGCCUGUAGCGAAAUACCCGAAGGACUGUAGCGAUGUCGAGCUCACAUAUCUAAAAAACAAGUCUCUGCCUCGGGAUAAAAUUUACAUUAUAGAUGCAGAUAAAGAGCGUGGCUUUCACCUGGAUACGCCCCAGUAUAUCGAGAACAUUAUCCUUCCGGAGACAAUGGACUUCUCCGACGUCUAUCAGGAUCACAACGACAACUACCGGAAGUCGGAGCAGAGUAACAGGACUCCUUUGCCGAAUGAGGAAAGUCUUCCAAGCGACGACCAGUACAAGCUUUACCCAAAGCACUAUGGCUCGAAAGAUAAAAACGCGACCUUCGGCGAAGCCAAUGACCGCUACAGGCAGAACGCUACCCACUGCAGGAGCUGCCUUUCCAGCCUGCCCAGCUACGCCGGACACCAUUUGAGCCGCUCGCCCUACAAAUGCGACGCCUGCGUGCGGAUGGGGAACCUGUACGACAUCGACGAAGACCAAAUGUUGCAGGACGCCGGCAACUCGGCCCAGCGGGAGGAAGAGGUGUACCGGCACGACUGGGUCCAGAACAACAAGACCCAGCCUCCGAAGAAAAGCAGGCUGAGGAUCAGCCGGCAACACUCUUUCGACAACCUCCUGGACAACAAGCCCAGGGAAGUGGACGUCGGGAGGCCGUCCCGGAGCAUCAGCCUGAAAGACAAAGAGAAGUUUCUGGAAGGCAGCAGCCCUUAUGCAAACCUGUUUAACGCCCCCCAAAGCAAACUCUUGAGCAGCAAGGCCCCGCUUUUCACACGCACCUUGGACGACGAGACCAAGGCUGCAAUCCACCGAGGACUUCUCCUCCGCCAAGUCCCAUUGAAAGGAAUGGAAGUUUCAUAGUUGCUAAUAGAGGUCCCACACGUUCAGAUAGCAGCUCCAAGCUGGGCGAUGUGGUGGUGCAACCAGGAAGGGGUGGGAACCUCUCCCAGGAAAGGCAGGGAGCUUCUUUCCCAUUCUCCCCAUCUAAGACUGAACAGACAGACCACGCUAGUCCCUGUCGAGGCCAGGCUGGGCUGUGGUGGGUGACCUUACCCGGGACGAAGUGUCUGGGGAGAGCUGGGAGGCUGGACGAGGAACAGAAAGACAAGACCACACAGUCUCCUGGCAUUUCUAUGGCUUAACCAAACCUGGAGACUUCUUAACUUCCAACCUCCGAGCUAUCCAAGGGGCUGACCUUAGGGUGACUUUGAUUCUCUGCCAGUCCGAAGAGGGGCACUGAGGUCUAUGCUCACAAGAGUUCCAGCUAAUCCACCUGCCUGGG